AUGAGGAUAACUUUCUAUACCCUCCUUUGCCUCACUGCUUUCUUCACUAUUCUCGUUGGCGCUGGUCCCAAUCUAGAAGACCGCUCGAGUGGCGGCCUGCAGCUCUCCAGCCUCAACACGUCCAAAGGCGUUACGUCACACGCCUCUGGCGACGAUCCCUCUCUUAAAUAUGACUCUAGCACGACUAUUCAGAUUUGGGUCGGCAGCAUCAAGAUCGCCGUCGGUCAUGUCAUCCAAGCUGAUCUAUACCGCACCAUCUGGAGUCUACUCGAUAGAGCCUGUCCUUCCAACACAGACCAAGCGACAUGCAAGGUCGACAAGACCGACAUCUGCUUCAAGACCGUGACUAUUGGCAAAGACAAGCGUCCCGUUGACAGCAUGGUCUGUAUCCAUGAGAUUCGAGCAGAGUGGGGCACCGAAGAGCUGCGCAAACUACUCAUCGGCGUCGUCGCGGGUACACUCGAGGCAUUAACGAAGCGCUACCCUGACGGCAAGACCAAUUGUUUCUGGAUGGGCGAUGAGGCUGCAUGCAAUGUCGGAGAUGUGGUCCGUACAAACCUCGUCCCAUAUGGGACCAAGGCUCAGUACUUCCACAUCAAGCUUUGGAACGGAGAGACAGGGUACGGACAAUGGGAUUGCUGUGAGGGCGAUAAACUCCAGCUCGUCGACAAAGCUGUGGACGGUCUUGGUAGCAAGAUUGGAGAGAUCAUGCAUCAGGAGUUCACCCGCAACUCCGCCUGCAUCACCGACGGCUGGAAGGGUUGCAAGAAGGCGUAA